GAACCAUUCUUAUAAAAUGUUGAUCUAUAGACUAUAGUAUUGAACUAGGUUCAUGGAAAACCUUGAUGCACACACAAAAACCAAGCUAUUUUUACAAAUGGGAUUUUCCACUUCCUUAUGUAAAUUCAUGUUUUUGGUUUUUGAAUUUCAGGUAAAUGUUUUAUUGGUUACUAGUAUGGUGAAUCUUCUGCACCAGCCAGAAAUCAGCAUAGGGUCUUAUUUGUUCUGCACCUACUAGCCAAUAGCUUUUGGUAAUGGAUAUAGGCCAAGGGAUUACCAGUGCUAUAAAAAAGCAAAAACGAAGAGGUUCCAAGAAAAAAAGAUUAACUUUUGAAGAUGAGGUGCCUAGAAUUGAAGAGCAUUUAAAACCAAAGGAUAUAUCACCUCAAGUAUUUAUAGGAAAGGGCACUGCCUUUCUUUCUUUUGGCUUCAGAUUAAUUAAGAGCUACACCCAGCAAGGUUUAGAUAUCAUUGGAGCAACGUAUUCUAACAGGAGCAAACGACUGGUGUUGUUAGAUGGGAAAGGAUUUUUCAGUCUGGAUUUGCUUCCUACUAAUCUUUCUGUUAGAAGAGAGUUGGAGUUUCCAAAGUCUCAGCUCAGCUCAGCAAGAAUCAUCACUUACUCUGAAAAGUAUAAUGUCUACUUUGUUCUGCAAAAAGAUUUCUCAAUUAAGGUUUACAACAAGGAUUAUAAUGAGACUUGUUCAGUAGAAAAUCCAGGUUUUGGACGGUUAACCUUUCUAUCAUUCAACCCAGUGAGAGAUGAACUCAUCGGUGGAGGAAUCAUGGGAGUAAAGAUUUGGAAGUUUAAAGAAAAGAGGAUCUCAGAAGAAUCUAACAUCUAUCCAAUGUGCAAUUAUGGCCUCUUCCCCAGUAGAGAAUAUCCACACAUGGGGAAAAGGUGGUGCACAAAUAUGGAUUUUGAUGUCCUUAUGCAAAGAUACUACUGCUUUUCUGAAUGCCAUUUCACCUGCUACAACAUCAACGGGAAAAUGCUAUUCGAGAUACCAAAUGCACAUACAACCGAAAUUACCUCUUGUGUCUACUCAUCUGACGUUAACGUUUUGGUUACUUCCUGCAAAGGCAAUGAAAUAAAAUCUUGGAGUGACCAAGGCUCCUUGCUGCACACAUUUCAAGGUCAUUCGAAAACUGUCACAAAGCUUCUGCUGCACCCAAACUCUUCCUCUUUAUUUAUCUCUGGAUCUCUAGAUGGAUCAGUCAAACUCUGGUCAUUUGAUACAAUGGACAUUUUUUACAGCAUAUCACCAUUCAAAGAAGGAAUACGUUGGAUUGGCACAGUGGAUGAUAAUUUUCUGUACUGCUGUUCUCCCCGCAAUCUUCAUAUAUAUGAUCUGAAUUCAUUUACUACCUUUUGGACUCGUUUCAACAGUCCGAUAACUAAACUCUACGUCUGUAGUGCACAUGAGAAGUCCAGCAGGGUGGUUGCUAUGGGUGCUGACAACAGUUUAAGAAUAUUCUCACUUCAAGAUGGGGAAACAUUAUGCACAGUUCUGCCACCUCCUUAUCCUCCUCUGAUCCAGCCAGUUCUAAGUUUUACCUACAACCGAGCCAGUGGAACUGUUUUCUUCCUCCUGACACCUUCAGAAAUAUGGGUCUACACAGUAAGAACUAAUCCAGCAUGUAGAGCAGCAGUGUGGACUAUAGGAGAGUUACAACAACACUUGUAUAGGAAACAUCCCUUUGCUUCCUGUAUUCAGAAGAAUGAACAUUUUCAACAUACUCGAAAAAGAAAUUUCAGGACUUCAGUGAAAUGCGAAUGCCUGUGCAGCUUGUCUUCACCAUUGUGUUACUUGAUAGAUGAAGGAGUGGUGUUCGCAGAUAACCAGGAAUUUCUGGUUCUCGGCAUGCAGGAUGGUCGAAUUCUAUUUCUUCACACAUCAGUACAGAAUUUGGUUUAUUAUGAAAUGACUGCUUAUACAGAUCCAGUGGUCCAUUUAAGACACGAUGUGGCCCAUCAGCAGCUAAUAAUUAUGUGCCAGAGCCCAAGAUGCAAACUGAUACACUUCAGAAGCUUACCUGGUCUGGAGCUCAUGUCGCAAGUGAACACAGCAAACGAUACCAUUGUUUUUACAAGGCUUAGCAAUUCACUCUUCAUUGGUCUGACAUCUGGAAGCGUGGAUGUUUUAAAUAUCAAAGAAGACAACAAAACAACUUUGUAUGGAAAAGAUGUGAAAUAUCAUGGGAAGAAUGAAGAAGAAGAAGAAGAAGAUGCUUUUUCGGACAAGUACCACAAUGGCCCUGUACUGGCAGUGGAUUCCUGCAAGAAUUAUUCUCUCUUUUUAAGUUGCGGUUCAGAUUCCACGAUAAAGCUAUGGGAUACACAGAAGAAUCUGGUGGCAGAUAUCACUCUUGAUAACACUUUAAGCACAGCCUGUUUCCUGAAUAGUUCGGGUGAUAUUUUACUGGCUUUCAAAAAUGAUAUUUACAUCUUGUCUCACAGUAAGACACUGGGCUUAUUGAAUGCAAAUAUUGAUGCCUCUAGCAUCUCAGCAACAGAAUCCUAUAUUUUUGAAAGUCAACCUCCAGAAGAGCUAGAAAGAGGGAAAACUUACGUCUCGAAGCCCGUUGAGAUGGCAUCAUAUCUGGUACCUUACAAGGGAUAUACCUUCACUGAAGACUUCACAUCAGACUUGUUGGUUUUACCAAAGAAGAAAGGAAAGCCAGUCUGGAGAUUACCAGUGGCUCCCUCAGCAAUCUACUGCUCUCCCUGUUCCUCAGAUGUUUCUCUGAAUAUAUUUGAUUUCCUGCUCCAACCUGGAACUCCCGACUUAGAAGAACGUGAUAAAGCUGAAAUGUCCGAAAGAAUGGUUGUGACAGAUGAUAAGAAGUAUGUGCCUGGGCCAAAAUUUCCAGCACAAACUCAUUUAGAAAUACCUUUCUUUGGAGUUUCUCCAUGUUCAUCUGUAAUCUGUGAAGAGCCCAAGACAGAAACACAACCUAAGGAGCAGGUUGCUUCAGCAGAGGGUGAAUUACCCAUUGUGGAGCCAGUACAGGAGAUUAUAACUAAAGAGCUGUAUUUGAUAAAAGAAGAAACAGUCCCAGAAGCUGCAGAAGAUUUAGGAGCUGCAGAAGAUUCAGGAGCUGCAGAAGCUCUAGAAGAUUCAGGAGCUGCAGAAGAUUCAGGAGCUGCAGAAGCUCUAGAAGAUUCAGGAGCUGCAGAAGCUCUAGAAGAUUCAGGAGCUGCAGAAGCUCCAGAAGAUUCAGGAGCUCCAGAAUCAAAGCAAGAAAACUAUCCAAAAUUUGAAGGAAAAAAGGACCCUAGAGUGCUUAGAUUCAAUUCCACACAUAGGUAUUCCAAGAUUAUCUACUUCCACUAUUUGCUUUCAGCAGAGUUUCCCUUCCCUGUUCUUGACCACGCCCCCCCCCCCCCAAUGCUUCAGUAUUCUUUAAUUUAUGGAACAACCAAAGAAAGAUAUUUGGGCAAAGACAGACUAUUCAAGCAUGUAAAGGAACCCAAGAAGCUCGUGCCCAAGAAGCUCCUGAAAAUAGAAAGGAUGAGUCUCAAAAUGAUGCGGACACCCAAACAUGCAAAAAAUAGUUUGCUUGCAAAGAGUGCUAUGAGAUCUAGAGACCACACAUAUGCCUCAUGUGCCCAAUCAGCUAUUUCUGUUGGACAAAAACAAUUCCCUGCCCUUGGGACUGAGGGUUUGGUACUUGCUGACAAAAGGCCCCAUCCAAGAAAGAAGACCGUCCCGCAGGAAAAUGAAAGUUAUGAGACCUCUUAUGAAAGAGAUAUUAUAAGGGUGGUGGCCUGGAGGAGGAAGCAAAAUGAACGAAUUCGCCAAGCAGAGGAGCGGCGUCUGAUGCAAGAACAUGCAAGAAGGUCAUGUUCCCGGAACCACUGUUUCACACCUAGCAACUCCCUGCAGUAUCAAAAUCUACAAUCUUCUGAAAACUUCCCUGAAAAUUUAUUUGCCUGGAUGAAGCCUUACAGACAACACCAGGGCCGUCCAUACACAGUGAUGGAAGAAACAACAAUCAAUCUCCCUAGAGAAUUCCCUUACAGGUUGGCCUGGGGAACUCCAACCACUCAAGAUGUAGACAUAAAAUUGUAUCGUCCUAAGGUGAAGUUCGAUAAGGAACGCAAAAUAAGCAGCCUGCAUGUAGAGAAGAAUUUGCAGCCAACUCAAUCAAUCCCAGCCAGAGGGAGAUUCAUCUUAGUGAAUGACCCAGUUGGAGUACCUUCUACUCCUCCUUUGAGUCCACUGGAGAGCAGGUUGCUCAGUGCUCGUUUCCCUAAACAGAAAGAAAAGAUUCUGAAUUCUCUCUUCACAAAUGUGCAGGAACCAUUCUAGGCUUUGCUUUUAUUUUCAGCAGCUUUGUCUUAGUGAAUGAGAUGCCUUCAUCACCUGCUCCUUCUGUGGGUCCAUUGCACACAGCUUUCUUCAUUCUUUUCUCCCAAACUUGUGGGCACAGUGCUGUCUCGUUUCAUAUUAUUUGAACUGGUCUCCAAUAUUGGUUAGCCAAGUAAUAACACCAUAUUCCAACCCUCAGUUAAUUUUGCAGUACGAGUUAUUUUUAUGAUGGGCUGUUUGUUGCUCUUAAUUGAUUCUUACUUGGAUAGUUCAUAAAUUAUUUUCCUCCACACCAAGCACUAUUUAGUAAAUAAGUACUAAUGGCCAAAUGGAAAACAUAUGAAUUACUACUUAUAUGAAUAACUAAUGGAGUUAAAAGCCAGAUAUCUGAUUUGUGCGAAUGUCCAUAGCCUAUGGUUGUGAGAAAUUUUGUUUUCCUGAUAGAAUGAAGUACUACGCUUUCGUUGAUGUCAACCUCAUUUGGGCUUUGGGUGAAACUCCCAGUCCUUCCUUACAAGGAAUCCUGUUCUCUUUCUUCCACUCAUCUUCAUGCAAGAAAUAGAAUUAGCGCCUUGCAAGGGGCAUUACAGGAAGCACUGUAAGUCUCACCCAAAGCUCAAACGAGUUGUUGUUUUUAAUUUGCAAGUAGACUUUGAGCAACUAUUGGCAUGUCUAUGACUGUCACCACCACAUCUUUUUGGGCUGUCCAUUUGGCAACCUGGUGAUCCAUUGAAGUGGAUGCUGUUUCUCCUUCUUGAAGGUAACUACAUGAAGGAUCCUUGUUGCUCCUGAUAAAUUCUGAUGUGUAGCAUCAUUCAGAAUUUAUUCAUCCAUGUUGAUACUAAUGGAGAUAGUUACCUUAUGAGGAUUCUUCUGACUCAAAAAUAGUUUGAAACGUCAGCUGUCACACUACUCAAGUCUAGCUAAUUGGGUUUCCUUCCCUCUGGAAUCCUGAUUUUGAGGGAGUAUUAAGGACCACUGGGUUCUGACUCUUAAGACACCUUAAUAUAUGCCAAUUGAAGUGGUACAAAGAUGGUGUAGCUUGCAAGUUUCAGAAAGACCACAGAACUCAUAUAGUUAACCCAAAGAUUAGCUAUUGAAGCUACUAUAUCUAAAAACUGAGGCAGGAGUAAAAGUAUAGUAACAGGACUUAGAAACUAAGGUUUGUCCUAAGCAAGCUUCUUUGCUAUUUCCACCAGAGAAAGUCAGUAUAAUUUUGCUAAAUAAAAAAAUGAGAUGCAUGUUUAAAAAGCUUUGAUCAGUAUUUAUCUUUUCUGUGCACAAGACCAUGUUGUAUGCUAAGCAUUUGGCCAGUCUUUGAGCUCUCUUCCAGAUGCAGUUCAAUAUUUCUGGUUGCUAUAUAUCCUAGAU